AUGUUUUCACCCCAUGUUGAGCAAUGUAUUGGUGGCGGCGUCGAGUAUAUGGCAUGGCCGCUGGAGUCAAAGUACCCCGGCUUUGACUGGGUCGUAUGCAGAACGAGGCUGCCCAGCCUUCCCACCAGAACAGCCGGCAUAUGGAUCCCGAUUGCCGGCUUUGACGGAUGCAGAAUUGACGACGAGGCCGGGUUCACGUAUGAGCUGCAGGUGGGCAAAAAGUAUCAGAUGCUGAAGCCGCUUCACUGGCAGAUACAUCAAACCAUCUCAUCAAAUCUCAGCUCGCAAAGUCGACUUCGGGCUUCCUCGUCAGCGACCGCCGUUACCAAUGCCGACCGCGCCCUCUUUGACUGGAUUCUCGAUCGCGACUACACAGGAAUCUCACUGGACAAGUCCCCGCACGUCAACAAGUGGCUCAAGACGCUUUCCCAGCGUCCAGCCUUCCAAAAGGGUCGGCAAGUGCCUUGA